AUGAACCGAUGCUUAUCGUACUCUACCAUGCCCUCUCCCCUCGCUCACCCUCUCUUCCCCCUCUCCCUCUUGCUCCUUCCCAUGCUUUGCCCCUUGCCUCCUAUCCGUGCUCGUGCACAUGCGAAGGAAUCCUCAUCGCCCCGUGAAAGGUCCCCCUGCCUUGCGCAAUCCAGCUCACGCGUGCAUCCCAGCCCGCUGAAUCUCCCGGUCGGCGCAUCUCCCCUCGCUGGUCCCCCAGCAGCGGAGGCUUCCCCGUCGCGGGGCGGAUGGGGCGCGAAGUGGGCGUUCUCGGGGCGCCGGUCCAGCCCAAGGCGCGCGCGUUCGAUGUCUCCCGUUCCGCGCAGGGGGAAAGAAGCCCCGCCUAUAACGGUUACUACGGCAGCGAACAGUUUCGCGACGCCAGGCCCAACUCUCCCCGCGCGUCGCGUGGGCAGGCUCUGGUCAGCCGCGCCGCCACCGCCGGCAGCGCACAUGCAAGGACCGGCCGGGUCGGCGGCGCAUGCUGGGGAAGUCGCGGCUCGUCAUACACCGGAAAGCGCCGCACAUCACGGGUUUCCGUGUUUAGCAGUUGGGGAACACGAGGUUGGGGAGAGACGGCGCGUGGCGCAAGGGCCAGGCGGACCGCACGUCGGAAGCUCCCCCGGCGCAGUUGCGGGCGCGGGAGCGGGCGGUGCGGGCCUGCUUGCGCUGCAGCUGCAGCUGCAGGAACGACAGCAAACGGAUGAGGACGAUUGCGAAGAUGGCUCACAUUACUUGGACUACGCGCACCAGCAAUACGGCGGAGUAACUCCACCGGAAAUGCCGCAGCGGAAGAAGAAAGCGGCGGUAUUCCGCGGAUGGUCGUACCUGAUCAAGGCGCUCUCCCGCGGGAUGCGGAAGAGCAAGCAGCGCGGGCGCAGCCCCAGCCCUGACAAGCGCGCGCCGUACGCGGGGGAAGGCGCAGGUGGAGGCGCAACUCCGUCUCCGCCUCCACGGGCAUUCGUGCGCGUGGGCGAAGAGGUGAUCCCGGUGCAGCCGGGGCAGGUGCAGGAGCAGGUGCGCGCGCUGGAGCGGCGCAUUAACUUCUCCGAGGAGGCGGAACCCCGGACGCCCGAGAUGCGCGCACAAGCGCCUUUUGGAACGGUUCUACCCGCGGUGGCGGACGGCGGAAGCGUUGCGCAAACUGGGGCAGAAGGGGGGAAGAAGGAAGGAGGAGUUGCGCUGGUGGAUGUGGGGCGAGUGGGACUGGGGGGAAGCCGCGGAGCGGCGCAAGGGGAAGGUGGCGCGCGGGCCAGACCCGCGCUUGUGGGGAGUUUGCGCUCAUGGAACAACGAGGUGGGGGAGGAAAAGCGCGAUUUGGGAGACGCGGAGCAAGCGGGGGAAGAGACUGCGGAGGCGGAAGGGGAGCGGAAGCUCCGCGCUGGCGCUGCGGCUGCUAAAGCGGCUGCGGCUGAGGGAAAGAGUGAUUCCGCCACGUCGUCGGCAGUUACACCGGCCAUCGGGUGGGGGAUGGGGUUCAGAAGCGCGCGCAUGGUGCUGCAAGCGCAAACCACGGGCGGUGAGACGGAGGAGGCGGAAGAGGACGAGGAGGAAGGAGAGGCGGCGGUCUCGAAACGCGUGGAGGUAGAAGAGGAGGAGGGGGAGGCGGAAGGAAAGGCGGAUACCGGGGAGGGAAAAUCGGACAUCGUGGAAACGGCGAGCGCAGCUGGAGUGGCAAGUGCGGCGGACGUGCAAGGCUACGCGGCUCUUGCGGACAGAAUCGAUGUCGAGGAUAUCACUAGCGAGGACGAAGCCGACGCGGGCAAUCCAGCAGUACAGGAAGAGGAGGACGAGGAGGAGGAAGAGGAGGGGGACGGCGAGGAGGAAGAGGAGCGGAUCCGCGAGAUGCUGCGCAGCGGCGUGGGCGCGGGCGUGUUGCGCGCGAGCGGGAACUGGCUGGAGCAGGUGGCGGCGGCGGAGCGGGACGGCGCGGUGGACGUGGCGGCGCGGCUGCUGGAGCUCGCCAAGGAAUGCGGCGCGCAGCCGGAGCAUGAGAUCGACGAGGCUCGAGCGGUGUUCUACCAGCGCCACACGCACCUGCGCCGCCCCGCUUCGCUUCCUUCUCCUGCCCCUGCUGCUGCUGCUGCUCCUGCUGCUGAAGCUGUUGCUGCUGCUUCUGCCAACAAGGAAUGGCGGGGAGGCGAGGAGCAACAGAGCGGGAUGGAGAUCGAGGUCGAAACAGAAGCCGCAGCGGCAGCAGCGGCAGCGGCAGACGCAGGUAGCGGCGCUACGCCAGAGAAGCUCGGUGGUGUGAGCAGCGAUGGCGAUGCUGCUGCAGAAGGAGGGUGUGGUGAGCAAGAGGAGGCUGACGCAGAGAGCGAGGCAGAGGCGGCGAGCGCGCCUGCUCCGACCCCUGCUGAAGAGCAAGGCACUCAGGCUCGUUGGGAGGAGGAGGAAGAGGAGGAGGUGGUGGAGGAGGAGGAGCAGGGGGCGGCGGAGGAGACGAUGGUGGUGGAGGGGAUGAAUCUAGAGGACAUUGUGAAGGCCGCAGAGGAGGAGGAGGAGGAGGAGGAGGAGGAGGAGGAGGAGGAGGAGGCGGAGGAGGCGGAAGGCGAUGAAGGGGAAAUGAAAGGGGAGAAGGAUGAGGAGGGGGAGAUGGAGGAAAAAUCACUGGAGAAGGAGGAGGUUGUGAUAGAGGCGGUAAGGGAGGAGGAGCAGGAGGAGGAUGCGGAGGAGCACGGCUGCUCUGCUGAUGCUGUUGACGAUACUGAUGCUGCUGCUGUGAGUUUGUGGCCGUGUUUGGGCAGUGCUAACCCUCAGGAUGAUGAUGAUGACCUCUCCGCGCUGCUGGCCUUGGCUGUGGAGGACGCUGCGCCAGACACGGAGCAGGCGGAGCAGGAGGAGGAGGAGGAGGCGAGGGACGAGAAGGAGCAAGUGGAGGAGGGGGGGAGGAAGGAGGAGGUGGGAGAAAGAUGGGCGAGAGAGGAGUACGAGAGGGCCGGGGAGCAGGAACAAGGAGCGGUUGUGAUGGAGGAUGGGAGGGAGGAGGCGGACGAGGAUGAGAGGGACUCGGAUGAUUGCAGCAGCAGCGCAGCACAGCUGGAGGACCUCGGCGUGGCUUCUGGCGCUGCUUCUCCUGCCGCUUCUCCUGCUGCUUCUCCUGCUGCUUCUCCUGCCGCUUCUCCUGCUGCUUCUCCUGCUGCUUCUCCUGCAGCUUCUCCUGCCGCUUCUCCUGCUGCUUCUCCUGCCGCUUCUCCUGCCACUUCUCCUGCCGCUUUUCCUGCCGCUUCUCCUGCUGCUUCCCCUGCUGCUUCCCCUGCCGCUUCUCCUGCCGCUUCUCUUGCCGCUUCUCCUGCCGCUUCUCCUGCCGCCUCCCCUGCCGCUUCCCCUGCCGCUUCCCCUGCCGCUUCCCCUGCCACUUCCCCUGCCGCUUCCCCUGCCUCUUCCCCUGCCGCUUCCCCUGCCGCUUCCCCUGCCGCUUCCCCUGCCGCUUCCCCUGCCGCUUCUCCUGCUGCUUCCCCUGCCGCUUCCCCUGCCGCUUCUCCUGCCGCUUCCCCUGCCGCUUCUCCUGCCGCUUCCCCUGCCGCUUCCCCUGCCGCUUCUCCUGCCGCUUCUCCUGCGGCUUCCCCUGCCGCCUCCCCUGCCGCUUCCUCUGCUGUAUCCCCUGCUGCUGCUCCUGCGGCGCCGCUGUCUCCGGCGCUGCCGUUCUGCGACCUGACGGCGUCGCUGGAAUUCGACAUGCUGCUGUCGUCCGUGGAGUUCCUGUCGCCCGACCGUUCGCUGCGACUGUCCACUGCGUCUGCUGCUGCUGGUGCUGCUACGGGUGCUGCUGCUGGGGCGUUGGGAGCACAUGCCGCGGCCGACGAAACGGAUGCUGCUCUGUUCCUUAGCUUUGAAACCUCUUCUGACGCUGAUGCUGAUGCUGAUGCUGCUGCAGAUGCUGCUGUUGCGCAUGCCGCCUCAGAAGGACUCAUUGAGGCGGAGGAGGAGGAGGAGAAGGAAGAGGCGAAGGACGGAAGUGGUGAGGAGGAGGUAAUACAUGGCGUUGAUGUGGCAUGGCUGGUGGACGGUGGGGGGGUGCAGGAGGAGGAGGAGCGGGGAGAGGAGGAGGAGGAGGAGGAUGAGGAUGAGGAGGAAGCGAGUCAUUUAAGCAAGGAGCAGGAGGAGAGUGAGUCGCAGGCGACGGUGGAGGAAGUGUCGGCAUGGGAAGAAGUGAGCGGAGUAAGCUCGGAGACCGGGGCUGGUGGUGGGAUGGCGGAGGCGCACGAGUCAGCUGCCGUAGACGAGGAGGAGGUGGAGGAGGAGGACAGGGAGGAACGGGAAGAGGAGGAGGAGGUGCAGGAGGUGCAGGAGGUGCAGGUGGUGGAGGAGGUGGAGGAGGAGAGUGAUGAAGAAGCAGGCGGGGAGGAAUUUGAAGUGUUUGUGGCGGAUGGUGCUGCUGUGCAUGAGCAGACACUGCCGAUGGAGGUGGCGCUCUGCGAGAGGAGAGAGGAGGACGAGGAGGGAGAAGAGGAGACGGGUGAGGAUGUUGAAGAUGCAGCGGCGGCAGAGGCAGGAGCAGCAGCGGAAGAUGCUGCUGCUGCGUGGUGGGAAGUUCAAGCUACUCCCUUGACAGAAGCACAAGUGGACGUGCAGUCGGACGAGGCUGAGACGGAGGAGGCUGAGAGGCUCGAGGUCGAGAGGGAGGUUCGACAGCUAUUGGUGCUGGAGGAAGAGGCGGAGGAGGAGGCGGAGGAGGCGGAGGAGGUGGAGGAGGUGGAGGAGGUGGGGGAAGAGGAGGAGGAGGCAGAGGCCGCAGCUGAGGCGUACUUUGAGACGCCAAAAGCCGUGCUUGAGGGGAUGGAGGAGGCGGGCGAGGAGGUGCAGGAGGAGGUGGGGGGUGAAUGGGAAGCCUCUCUUGCGGACGAUCACUUGAGCGAGUGGGAUGAGCCGUCGUCCUCGUCCAUGCUCCUUGACCUUGCGUCUGGGAGUGGCCAGGAGGACGCUGCUGCUCCAGCUGCUGUGACUGCACCACAUGCAGUGGCUGCUUCUGUCGACGCCGUUAAUGCUGUAAGCACUGAUGGUGUGGUGGAUGCUUCCAAUGCUGACGCCGAGCCGGCGCUGCUUGAUGCCUCCGUGGCCGAAGCCUCUGGAGUUUCGGAAGGAGAGGCAGCAGCAGCAGCAGCAGUGGAGGAGAGCGGAGAGGUUAAACAAGCAGGCGUGGUGGUGGUUGCGAGAGGCAUGGCGGCGGAGGAGGAAGAGACGAAGGCGGAGGGAGCGGAAGAGGAGGAAAAGGAGGAGGAGGAGGAGGUGGCGAGUGCGGUGGAAGACGAGAACGUAUGGUCCGCGGAGGAGAUAGCAGCGGACGAGAAAGCAGCACACAAGAGUGACGGCGCGGCAGAUUUGGAGGUGCUGGAGGCAGACGAGGAGGAGGAGGAGGAGGCACGUUGGGAGGAGGGAGGGAGGGACGGAGAGCAGGCGGAAGAGGAGGUGGAGGAGGCUGGUGAGUUGUUGCGUCUCACAGGGGAUGGUGUGAUGGGAGAGGAAGAGGUGGAAAUAAGGGAAGGGACUGCGACAGUGGGAGUGGAAGAGGCAGUUGGGGAGGGAGGAUCAGUGGCGGAGGAAGAAAGAGUGGAGGAGGUGCAGGAGCAGGUUGAUACAGAAACAGGAGUGGACAUGCAGGAGGCGGUGCUGACAGGGAGAACGCACGACGCUGGGAACGCGCGUGCAGUGGAGGAGGCGGAAGAGAAGGCGGAGGAGGUGGAGGUGGAGGGGGUAGCAGAAGGAAGAGUGGCAGAGGAGGCUGCGGUUACGGCAGGCGAGGAGGAGGAAAUGGAGGAGGAGGAGUUGGCAGUAGAGGCGGAGGUGGCGGUAGAGGAAGAGGCGGAUUUGGAUUUGGAGGCCCUGGUUGAAGCGUUCGGAGAGGAUGGUGACGGGGAAGAGGAAGUGGGAGAGGACGAAAAGGAAGAGAUGAAAGAGGUGGAAGAGGAGGAGUGGGAGACGGCGAUGCAAGGGCUGGAGCAAGCCGCAGAGGAAGUGGCGGCCGAGGAGGUGGAAGCCGAGGAGAAGGAUGAGAUUGAUUCAGAGAAGCAGGAGGAGGAGGAAGAGGCAGUGGGAGGAAUGGAAAGUGGGGCGACAGACGCGGUGGAGGACGGGAGUGAGGCGACUAGAGCAGAGGAGGAUGAGAGCGAGCAAGUGAACGGAGUGGAGGGGGUGAAAGAGGAGGCUGCAGAGGAGGAGGCGAGUGAGGAGGAGGGUGAGGAAAUGGAAGCAGCAGUUGCAGUGAGUGAGGUGGCUUGUGCAGUGCGGGAAGAGGCGGAUGAGGAGGUUGGUGCGGUGGAAUGGGGGCGCACAGAGAGAAUGGAGGAGAAGGUUGAGGAGGAGGAGGAGGAGGAGGAGGAGGAGGAGGAGGAGGAGGAGGAGGAGGAGGAGGAGGAGGAGGAGGAGGAGGAGGAGGAGGAGGAGGAAGUGGAGGAGGAGGAGGAGGAGGAGGAGGUGGAGGAGGAGGAGGUGGAGGAGGAGGUGGUGGAGGAGGAGGAGGUGGAGGAGGAGGAGGUGGAGGAGGAGGAGGUGGAGGAGGAGGAGGUGGAGGAGGAGGAGGUGGAGGAGGAGGAGGUGGAGGAGGAGGUGGAGGAGGAGGAGGUGGAGGAGGAGGAGGUGGAGGAGGAGGAGGAGGUGGAGGAGGAGGAGGUGGAGGAGGAGGAGGUGGAGGAGGAGGAGGUGGAGGAGGAGGAGGUGGAGGAGGAGGAGGUGGAGGAGGAGGAGGUGGAGGAGGAGGAGGAGGUGGAGGAGGAGGAGGUGGAGGAGGAGGAGGUGGAGGAGGAGGAGGUGGAGGAGGAGGAGGUGGAGGAGGAGGAGGUGGAGGAGGGGGGAAGUGUAUGGGAUGAUGAGGAUCUGGAGAGCGGUGAUGGGCAUCUGAGCGACGUACUGGGGCCCAUGAGCCCGCCCUCCCACCCCACGUCUCUGCCCACUUCGUGCUUCACGUCGCCCCCCUCUCGCCACGCGGUCUUCCCCACUGAUCGGCUUCCUGGUGGCAGCUGCAGCUUCUCAGGCCGAACCAAGCACGGUGCGGCUGCCGCUCCUGCUGCUGCUGGUGGUGCUGUGCCUGGUGCAUCGGCUGGGAAGGAUGCGGCAGCAGCGAUGGACGAGGAGCAGCGGAGGAGGGCAGAGGAGGCGGAGGACGAGGCGGCAUGGGAGGCACUCAUACAGAGCGAGAUGGACUGGGAGGUGCUGUAUGGGGGGUACCUCACAGGAGGGAGUGCGUCGGGCAGUGUGUGCAGCAGCAGGCGCGGCGUCAUUGCAGCAGCGAUUGCUGCAGGAGGUGGGAAGGGGCGAGCCCUGAUGGAUAGCUGCAUGCGCAGCAGUGGAGGCAGCACCACGAGCAGCAUCGCUGCAGCGGUGGCUGUUCUUGCUGCUGCUAGAAGAUCAGCCGCUUCGGCUGGUGCUGCUGGUCCUGCUGCUGCUGCUUCUGUCGCUUCUGGUGCUCGUGCCACUCCGUCUGGAGCUGCUUCUGGUGCUCGUGCCACUGGCUUUGGGGCUGGUGCUGGUGCCGGCACGGGCGCUGACGUUGGAGUUGGCAUUGGCGCAGGUGGUGCUGACGGCAUGGAUUGUGGCGCCAGUGAGUGUGGCAGCAGCAUCAACUGGCAGCAAUUCGACACGGCCAGUAUGUACGAGUAUGAGCAGCAGCAGCAGCACAAGAGCCCUCUAGUACUGGCAGCUGCAGCUGCCAAGUCUGCUGUGGAAGCUGCCAAGGCAGCAGGAGGAAGAGUAGCAGGUGGUGGUGCUGGAGCCAGAGGAGCAGGCGCCAAGGCAGGCGUGAGAACCCAGCAGCAGCAGCAGUUUCCCCGCUCUAGCAGUGCGGAUCGAGCAAGCAUCCGGCAGAGAGCCAACCCGCAUCAGCAGCAGCAGCAGCCUUUCUCCUCGCCCAGCCGUGUGCAUUCCAACGGCAGCGCCAGCAGCGGCAGCACCAUGAGCGGUGUCAGCGGGUCGGGAUACAGGCAAGGCAGCUACAGCAUCAACAACACCACCACUAGGGGCAACACCGUGGGCAGCAGCGGCAGCAGUAGCACACGGGCGUCGCCUGUCCGUCUGGGUGCAACCCGGGGGGGUACUGCCUCUCUCUCUGCCCGCCACUACCCAGCUUCUGCUGCUGGGUCCCCCCUCCUCUCCUCCUCCGCCCGCACGUCCCCCAGACAUUCGGGAUCUGCGACCGCAGCUGGUGGGGCUGGAUACUCACGCGGGUCGCCAUCCCUCACCCCCUCCCGCUCCCUCACCUCCUCAUCGCCAGUCUCGGCAGCAGCGUCUGCUGCAGCAGGGCGCAGGGGGGCCAGCGCAGGAAGGGUGCGGCAGCAGCCGCAGAGUGCAGCGAGCUGGAGGACAGCAGCGGCAGCAGCAAAGGCAGCAGCCAUGGCUGCAGCGGUGGCUGCUGGGAAGGCGGAUAUGCUGAUGAUGCUGGAACCAGCAGAGGAGAGCGCCAACAACAGCUCGGCUUACUACCCCGACAGUGCUGCUACUGCUAGCCUUGCAGCAGACGCUGCUUCUGCUGGUACUACACCUACUGCCGGUGUUGCUUCUGCCGCUGCUUCCUUCUCUGCUGCUGGCGAUGCUGCUUCGGAUGUUGAUGCGUUCGAGACCUCGUCUGUGGCGUCGGCAGCUACGUCAACGUUCAACGCGGCGACGUCUGCCGGCGCGUUCAUGGACUUUGGGGCAGGCAGGCGGCGCCCUGACCUCCGCAUUGACACCACCAGCUGCAGCCUUGAGCAGCUGCAGCAGCAGCAGCAGCAGCAACAGGCCGGGGGAGCAGUCUCAGUGCCAGCAGGAGGAGCAGCAGGGGCGAAGGGACGGCCCAGGGCAGCAGAUUCUGGGGGGCUGUGGCCGUGGGAGGAUGCGGGUCCAGGGAUGGAGGCACUAUUGGGAAUGGAGGCUGAGGAGAAAGGGUUCCUAUUGGUUGAGCCCUUGUCCCUCUAUGGCUGCAAGACUGCCCCUGCUACGGCUGCUCUGCAUGCCUCUGCUACGCAACCGUGCAACCAGAAGCAGCAGCAGCGGCAGCUUUCUAUGUCGCAGGUUUCACCGAGAAUCGGCCGUGGAUCAUCAGCAUUUGUGGGGGCGCAUUCGCUCUCUGCUGCUGCUUCUCCAAGGUCCGCCACUGCUGCCGCUGCCGCUGCUGCUGGUGGGUUUGGAAGCAGUGGUGGCAUCGGCAGUGGUGGCAUUGGCAGCGGCGGGAUUUCCUCUGCGGCCAGCAUUGCUGCGGCCAUGUCCCCUCGUGCAGCCAGUGUGUGUGGCAGCAGCACUGCUUUCCUCAACCCUGCCACUGCCUCUGGUCUGAUCAGCCCUAGGUCGACGGGUAUGCUCAGCCCUCGUGCCAGCCUCACCCAAUCCCGCUCCUUCUCUCACUCAUACCACCACCACCCGUUUGCCGCCCCUCCUCCUGGUAUUGACGACCCUGCUGGUACCAUGCAGGCGGUUGCAGCAGCAGCUGCUGCUGCCACUGCAGUGGCGGCUGCUGCUGCAGCUGCAGGCCCCAAGGCAGGGUACGGUGGAGCAAGGACCGGGGGAGCAGGAAGAGGAACUGGGUUGAAUGGGCUUGGUCGCUCACCUGUUCGGGGAGCAGGUGUGGGACGAGCAGGACUGGGUGCUGGUAGUAGCAGUGGUGUGGGAAUGAUGGCUGAUGAGAGGAGGCGGGCGUCACCGGUGCCUGGGGGGGGAGGUAGGGGACGUGGAGUGGUUGGAGGAGGCGCAGGCGCCAGCUCACCUUCCCUUGCAUCCAGGUCAACAUCGUCCAUGCAUGCUCACUCCGCAUCCCCGCACGGGGUUCGUGGUAGAGUUGGUGGUGGCGCUGGAGGUGCAGGGUUUGCAAGCAGCAGCAGCGUCGGCGGCGGCGGCAGUGCGUGGGCCGCCAAGCCUCCCAGCCCGCAUAGUCCCAGCCCGGGAGACAGACUUCCGUGGGGGGGAGCACCAGGUGGGACAGCAGGCGCAAUGGGCCGUGGACGUGGUUCACCAAGGCCAGUCACCGCCGCCAGGCUUCUGGGCGGCGGCUUUCUCGCGCCGCGGCGCCCUCCCGCGUCUGCUCGUGCCGCUCCUGCUCCUCUCUCUCAGCGUCUUGCGGAUCCACGCACGCCUCGGCGCGGGGAGCAAGGGCGCGGUGGAGUCGAUUGCGGAGUGGAGGCGGCGAUCAGCGGAAGCGGGCGCGCACUUCUUCCCCCCGCAGCGCGCGGAAAACGCCCCCAGCAGGAAGGAGCUGCACCGCCGGAUCCUCGGAGGCGUAGGGGCGGCUUGAAGGGCAAAGGGAAGUCACAACGGGCAGCCAAGGCAACGGAGUAUCUGCCAGUGUUGCAGUAUGACAGCACGCUACUCGCCAAGACCAACGGCACCCUGGGCAACACCAUGGUCAACUACAGCACCUACCUCGACGACACAAGCUGUGCCAUACCUUUCCAUUUCCCUUCUCUCCCCUCUCACCCGCUCCCCGUUCUUCCGCCAUCCUCCGCAACCUUUCUCCCCUUUCCCCUCCCCUUCUCCCCCCCGUUCCUCCCCUCUCAUCAUCCCCUCUCCUCCCCCCCACAGCAACGGGCACAUCUCUCAUCGCUCCCAUCCACCAGCGUGUAUCCGUACUAUGUGGCACUCAAGCUGGGGUCGCAGAAGCAGGAGUUCAGCAUGGCGCUCAACGCGCAGCUGCGCCACACCUGCAUGCCCUGCGACUGCCUGCACUGCGCCUCCUCGCGCAAGGGCAGCAAGCCAUUCAGCACCCUCUCUUCCACAACCCUCCAGUGCAUCUCCUGCGCCGAUCAGCGCUGCCAGGGGGGCGUUGAAUCCAGCUACUAUGGCUGCAACACGCAAGGGCUUCCCAACUACCUCAACUUCACGGGCGUGCUGCCUGGGGACGACGCUCUCUGCGUGUUUGAUGUGUAUGCAGAGAGUUAUGAUUAUUCUGAAGCGGACACUGUUGCGGAUUCGUUUCUCGAGUCCGCGGGGCAUGUGGUGGAGGAUACUGUUUACCUCACUGCACCUGGUGAUACUGAAGCCCACCGAUCCAUCAUUUUUGGGUGGGUCUCCAUUGAGUGUGCACACUCCUUCCCGUGGUUCCUUUCUCACUCUCUCCCAUGGUUCCUUUCUCACUCUUUCCCAUGUCUCCUUUCUCACUCUUUCCCAUGGUUCCUUUCUCACUCUCUCCCGUGGUUCUUCUCUGAAUUUCUUUCUCUUUUCCGAUCUCUCUGUCAGCUGUUCACCCCCUCCCGCGCGCUGCCUCUCACUCCUUCUCUCUCCCAACCCCCACUGCCUUCCAGCUGUGGCGUGAACCAGCAGGGCUACUGGGGAAUGCAGGGGAGGUCCACUGGCUCAUGGACAGCAGGCGGCGUGCUGGGGUUGGCGCAGGGCAGUCCCUUCCUGGAGCAGCUCACUGCCGGCACCAACUCCUUCGCCGUGUGUUUGGACGAGCCCACACCCACGAAUAAGACCAGCUGGGACGGCAAGGUGCAGCAGCACACGGGCAGCAGCCAUCCCACCAUCGAGUCGAAAGAUGGCUUCUGGCUCCUUCACCUGCGCCUCUCGUCCCUCCCGUCUUUACCUUUCACCCGUCUCCCUUCCCGCCUGCUGCCGCCUACCGCUGCCCCCAUUCUGCUUCUAUUACUGCUGUUGUCGUAUCUAUCCAUCAUCCGCGCCCUCCCUCCCUUCGUAUACAACCCCCCUCUCCCUUAUGCAAUCGCCCCCCACAGAUCAUAUCCAACCGGCCUGCCCUACAGCCGCAUCACGCUCACCACGGCCACGCGCACCCUCAACAUAACGGACGAUCCAGCCAACAUAGACCUCAACAAAACCUCCUUCAUGCCGGCCGAUGCCUCCGAGGAUGACGUUCCGGGCUUCUUCUUCCUGCCCGAGUCCUUCGUGCAUCUCAUCCGCCUGCCUCUCUUCAUAAGCCUCUGGAACAAGAACAAGGAGGAGGAUCCGUUCAGCACCUUCCCCACCAUCGACAUUGCUUUCCUCUCUCCAGACGACAGCAGCGCCACCUCCCACUUCUAUCUCAAGCCGCGCAAGUACCUCGCCCAGGUGGAGCUGAGCCCCUACUGCCUCCACCUUCUCCGCCUCCCUCAGGGGGGCACCUCUUCCAAAGGGGCCACGCGCUCCCUCUCCCUGGUGGCGGCAGCAGUGGGUGUCGUCGCCACUUCCACUGCCCUACUUGCUCUCGCUCUCCUCUAG